AGGCUGCUCUGGAAUGAUGGCUGGGAGACCAUCCUAAUGCCAGCUGAGUGGGGAUCUUGAUACUCAGCAGGAGGGUCAGACAAGCAGGGACGGGGCUCCGCAUGCAGAUACAAACCCCAAUCACAUUUCCUACACAGCCAAUUUUAUUCUAAGGUCUACCGGCUUCCUUACUCUAGCGGACAGUCUGCUAUUUACUUUGGUGGGGCAUAGGCUUCAGUAAAGAGGCCAAGGGGACUGAGGUCACAGUCUUGAAGAGCACUGAUAUUUAAGGAACAAUCAAAAAACAUCCAGAGGAAGAGGAGCCCAGACAGGCACCUGAGAAAACGGAAAAACGAGUCACUGGGAGUCAGGGAGCCAGGAAGUCCGACGAGUUCGAGAGAACUGGCCUUCUGCAGAUAUGUCAUUGUCCAACACGAAACUGUCUUCCAUUCCAGGACAACCGAGGCUAACCACAGCUCCCAAAACCUGGUCCUUGACGCCGGUCAGCGGACCGGAGAGACGCCAAACUUAGGAAACUGACGCCUCCGCCGCCGGAAAUGAAUAACCUGAGCCUUCUAGCCAGGCUGCUUAAGCUCCGCCCCCAACGAGCGAGCCUGCGCAGCUCCUGGCUACGGCCCCUCCCAGCGCAGGCCCACCCCCGUUACGGAGCAUGCGCAGUCCUCCUGCCGUCCCGCCCCUCCCUUUCCAGAGCCCCCUGUUCCUUAGAAACCAGGCGGCGCGUUCCCGGUGGCGGCGCCCUGGACUCCGGGGCCCGCGCAUCCCAGCCAGCCUUCCUUAAGGCGGAUGGGUGGUCGCCGAGACCCCGCCGGACCCAUGGUCUCCAGUGCAGCGCGGAGUGGGCGAUGCCAGCGUGCCAGGAGCCAUGUCUGACCAGGACAUUUGGAAGAUCAUAUCCAUGCCGGAGGCUCUUGUGAGGAGAUGAGUUGGUAAAGAGAGAGGCCGGGAUGAAGAUGCUGCCAGGAGUGGGCGUGUUUGGGACUGGCAGCUCCGCCCGAGUUCUGGUCCCGCUGCUGAGGGCAGAAGGGUUCACUGUUGAGGCCCUGUGGGGGAAGACUGAGGAGGAGGCAAAGCAGCUUGCUGAGGAGAUGAACAUCGCCUUCUACACCAGCCGGACUGAUGACAUCUUGCUGCAUCAAGAUGUGGAUCUGGUGUGCAUCAGCAUCCCCCCUCCACUCACCCGGCAGAUAUCCGUGAAGGCUCUAGGUAUUGGGAAGAAUGUGGUUUGCGAGAAGGCAGCAACAUCGGUGGAUGCCUUCCGGAUGGUGACAGCCUCGCGCUACUACCCACAGCUCAUGAGCCUGGUAGGGAAUGUGCUGCGCUUCCUGCCUGCCUUUGUGCGCAUGAAGCAGCUGAUCUCGGAGCACUACGUGGGAGCGGUGAUGAUCUGCGAUGCCCGCAUCUACUCAGGCAGCCUGCUGAGCCCCAGCUAUGGCUGGAUCUGUGAUGAGCUCAUGGGCGGCGGGGGCCUGCACACCAUGGGGACCUACAUUGUGGACCUGCUGACCCACCUGACUGGCCGGAGAGCCGAGAAGGUGCACGGGCUGCUCAAGACAUUCGUGAGGCAGAACGCUGCCAUCCGUGGCAUCCGGCACGUCACCAGCGAUGACUUCUGUUUCUUCCAGAUGCUCAUGGGUGGGGGUGUGUGUAGCACAGUGACACUCAACUUCAACAUGCCGGGCGCCUUUGUGCAUGAAGUCAUGGUGGUAGGCUCUGCAGGACGCCUCGUCGCCCGAGGAGCCGACCUCUAUGGGCAGAAGAACUCUGCCACGCAAGAGGAGCUGCUGUUGAGGGACUCGCUGGCCGUGGGCGCGGGGCUGCCUGAGCAGGGGCCCCAGGACGUCCCGCUGCUGUACCUGAAGGGUAUGGUCUACAUGGUGCAGGCCUUGCGCCAGUCCUUCCAGGGGCAGGGCGACCGCCGCACCUGGGACCACGCCCCUGUCUCCAUGGCCGCCUCCUUCGAGGAUGGGCUGUACAUGCAGAGCGUGGUGGAUGCCAUCAAGAGGUCAAGCCGAUCCGGGGAGUGGGAGGCUGUGGAGGUGCUCACAGAGGAGCCCGACACCAACCAGAACCUGUGUGAGGCACUUCAGCGGAACAACCUAUGAGCCUGCACCUGGGCUCCUUGCCACCGGGCAGAGGGACCAGGGAGGAGAACAGGAGCCAGACAUGACAGGGGCUUGGCCCUAGCAGAGACAGUGUCUUUCUUUUUUUUUUUUUUUCUUUUUUUUUUUUUGAGACUGAGUCUUGCUCUGUCACCCAGGCUGGAGUGCAGUGGUGCGAUCUCGGCUCACUGCAAGCUCCGCCUCCCGGGUUCAUGCCAUUCUCCUGCCUCAGCCUCUCCGAGUAGCUGGGACUACAGGCGCCCGCCACCACGCCCGGCUAAUUUUUUGUAUUUUUGGUAGAGACGGGGUUUCACCGUGGUCUCGAUCUCCUGACCUCGUGAUCCGCCCGCCUCGGCCUCCCAAAGUGCUGGGAUUACAAGCGUGAGCCACCACGCCCGGCCCGAGACAGUGUCUUUCAUUAAAUGAGUCUGGGUGAAGCCAGAGGUGGCCCUGGGACAUCGCCCCCUCCAGUGGCUCACCUGCUCCUCAGACUUGCAGGGCAGCAAAUGUUCCUAUUGCCAGGUUAUCACGGCUUGCACAGGGCAGAGCUGCCGCUGGGCCUCCUCGUGGCAAUGCCAGUGAGUGGGACCAGGAAAGGCUUACCCUGGUGAGUCUUUCAGCCUGAUCCGCAGUCCUUACGGGGUGAGAAAGCACAACAGGGGCCAGCUCGGCUGAGGCCCGAGGAGAAAUGAUGAGAAGUUUUGUUUUCUUCUUGGGCUGGGGCAUCUCAGGAACAGUGAGGGCAACAGGCUGUCCCUCAGGGAUCCUCACCUGCCCUCCCAUGUGACCAGGCCCUUCCCAGGUGGGGACUUGGGUUUGCUUUAUUAAGUGAGCUCUUGGGCGUUUGAAGUAGGACAGAGGGCCCUGAUUUGGCAGAGAGGAGGCAAGGGAGGGCUUUAGAACAUCUGAGAAAUGUUAAUAAAUAAUUCAGAAAAUAGGA